CCCAUCAAUAGGCGUCGUGUCAUGCUUAAUCAUUCAAGGGCAAGCAAAACAGUGGGCUGCUGAAUUGACAAAUUCCAUUGGUUUAGCUAAGAGUUUUCUAGUGGAAUUCCAACUCUAGAAAGGACGCAUCAAAAGAAAGCAUUUGUUUUUGCGAACAUCAACCAUUAAUAUAUUAAUGGACCAUACCAUUACUUGCAUAAUAUAGUUCCACAUCCAAAGUUUAAAACCCAGUAUUAUUACUAAUUUCAUUGAGUGCAGAAAGAAUUGUGUCGAUCAAUUUCAAUGGCUGAAAAAUCAGUGGUAGUAAUCGGGAUCGACGACAGCGAACAAAGUAUUUACGCUCUUGAAUGGGCUCUUGAUCAUUUCUUCGUGCCUCUUGGUUCGGAUUCUAUUUUUAAGCUUGUUAUUGUUCAUGCUCAACCUACUCCAUCUUCUGUUGUUGGCCUGGCUGGACCUGGGGCCGCCGAUGUUUUCGCAAUUGUUCAGGUUGAUCUAACUAAGAUCUCAAAGAGGAUUUUGGAAAAAGCUAAAGAAAUUUGUAUCGGGAAAUCUGUAAAUGAUGAUGUUCUUUUCGAAGUGGUGGAAGGAGACCCAAGGAGUGUGCUAUGUGAGGCUGUUGAGAAACACCAUGCAACCAUGUUGGUUGUUGGAAGUCACGGCUAUGGAGCAAUAAAAAGGGCUGUCCUGGGAAGUGUAAGUGACUAUUGCGCCCACCAUGCUCAUUGCAGCGUGAUGAUAGUGAAGAAACCCAAGAUAAAGCAUUAAAAACAGAAAAAAAUUCGAUAUGAAUCCCAACUUUUAUAUAUAAGAACGAUAUAUAAAUUCAAGGAAUAAUUUCUGAAUAACCCGCUUAUACAAGAACUAUCAUACUCUUAAAUCAUGUUAUAACUUAUAACCAAAAAUUGAUGCAGACUUAUUGUUGUAAGUUUUAAGAAAAUAAAAUAAUAUAUAUAUUGUUGAGAGUGACGUGCAAAAAGGCUAGUCGUCUUUGUUUGGUCUGGAUA